AAGCUCUCGUCCUGUGAAGCGCAAAAAGAUGCGCGAGGAGGACAAUACGGAAAUAGAAGUGCCUGAUUCCGAUGAUCGCAAGCCGGACAUGACGGCCCUGAAGACGAACGAGCAGCCAGCUACCAGGUCCCCUCCCACUGUCCGAUCCCCCACUGAAGGAAAACAACACCACGGCUCCUCGAAACGUGCUAGCAAGCCUGAAGUGACACCCAAUCCUAAGGAUGAGGAGGUAUCAAAUCCCGAGUCUGAGCAGAGCUCAGAGGAUGAAAAGCAAGAACACGAAGAACACUCUUCAAUGCCUAGCGCACGACGUCAAAGAGUUAUGGGACGAGGGGACAAACGUUAUUCUGAAAACGGUCGGGUAGUGGGACACUUUCACCCGGAAGAGAUCCAGCAGAUCGAAAAGUUCAAGAUAGAAUUCUGCAACUCCUUUGCCAUCACUGGAAACGAUUUCGACGAAAUGGUUCAGCACGCGGUACGGGACAAGGAAGCUCCAUUCCCUGGGGCUCAUAUCAUGCCGAAAAUAGAAUUUUGGCAGUCUAUCUACGAUGUCAUCCCAAAUCGGGACCGUCGCUCGGUUUACCGCUUCAUGAGACGGCAUUUCCAGUCUUCGGAGCAGAAACCCCAUGUCUGGACGCAUGAACAGGACGAAGAACUGGUCGAACUCUAUGAGGAACACGGCCCCAAAUUCGCCUACAUAGCAAACCUUUUGGGAAGAAACGAUGACGAUGUAGUACAGAGAUGGAAGAACAGGCUGCAGCAUCGGGGAACCAUGAACCGGGGACCUUGGACAGAUGAUGAAACCGAGGCUCUACGCAAUGCUAUACAAGAAGCGUGGAACAAGUUGAAGGAAAACAACAACAACGUUGGCGCGGACAUCUAUGAGAUGGACGAGAAACUGGUCGCUUGGGGUGCUGUCAGUGACAAGCUUCAGAAUCGUCGCUCGAGGCAGCAAUGUGGGGAUAAAUGGCGCAAACUCAGACGCAAAAUUUUAAUGGCACGCGGACAGGAGAGUGGAGGUUCUUUUGGAGCUGCCAAAGAGCUCCAGCGGCAUAGUUUGGGCAAAAUGUUGACAGGACAACAAGAUGACAAGAAUGCUGGAAAAUAUCUAAGCAAUCCAUAUGUCUUCGAUUCCGACGAUUCCGACGAUGAUGAUAUGAAUGAGGGCUCCGAAGACGGAAAGGUUACAACCGCUCAGUCAGAAAGCGAUGAACGCCAAUCUCCUGUUCAGAAGGAAGAGACGAAGUCUCCCGCAGCUUCUUCUAUCCCCAAAUCAGUGCCCAAGGCCGAUUCGGAUGCAAAUUUUGGCUCGGAAACUGGUGAAUCAAGUUCUGAAUCCGAACCGGAAAACAACAAUCCAGGUUCGGACUCAGACGAGGAUGAGGAGAGCCAUACAAGCAUGGAGCCCAACGCAGUGCAGCCUACGAAGCAUAAGCAAUCGAGCGGGCAAGAAAUGAAGGAAUCUAUCAAGCCUUCGGUAGCGAACAAAUCCAAAAUGGAUAGCGAUGAUUCGCAGGGAAACAGCAAAAAGCGGAAACCUGCAGAGAAGACUAACAAUGCUGCAACCACUCCCAAUAAGAACAAGUCUGUGCAGGAGAGAGAGACCUCGCCUGAAUCUUCUUCUGAAAGCGAGGACAAUGACAGUGAAGAUGAUAAGUCCAAGACUUCCGCUCACAGCCAAGGUUCAUCUCAAGAUCAAGCACAGAGCGUGGAGCCCCAGACUCAGCUGUUUAAUGUCAAGACCGAGGCAAGGUCAACUGCUGGCGAAAGGUCGAAUGGUGCAUCCGGUGACGACAGUGAGAGCGAAAGCCCAAGUGGAAGUGGAAGUGGAAGUGGAAGUGAAAGUGAAAAGGAAAGUGAAAGCGAUGACGAAAGUGAUAUGGAUUUGGACGUCCCGCCCAAACGUGAGCCAGAGAAGCCUACACCGAAACUGCUUUCCCCGGUAAAGGCGAAUCCCAGGCCUCGGCUAUCCCUCCAGCAGAUCAAAGAAAACCUCAAAAACGCGAAGCCAAGUCCCGCCAUCACGACGCCAGCGCCAGCGCCAGCGCCAGCGCCAGCGCCAGCAGAGAACUCCUCGUCCUCGGAUGAAACUGAGAGCUCUAGCGAUAACGAAAGCGACAGCGAAAGCGAAAAUGAGAAUGAUAUGGAUCUGGACCUCCCACCCAAACGUGGGCCAGAGAAGCCUACACCGAAGCUACCUUCCCCAGUAAAAGCGAACCCCAGGCCUCGGCUAUCCCUCCAACAGAUCAAAGAAAACCUCAAAAAAGCGCAGCCAAGUCCCGUCAUCACGACGCCAGCACCAGCAAAGGACUCGUCCUCCUCGGAUGAAACUGAAAGCGAAAGCGAAAGUGACAGCGAAAGCAACAGCUCUAGCGAAGAUGAACCGGCAAAACCAACCAAGAAGGCUUCUCCUGUUCGAACGAAGGGGCCUGCUCAGAUCCCAUCGCCUAAGAAAGUCGACCCAGUUGCAAAGAGAGCGAAGUCCUCGUCUGACGACAGCUCUAGUGAGAGUGACAGCGACAGCUCGCCUGCGAAGCCUGUGAAACAGGGCUCCCCGGUCAAUAUCAAACGAAAGGCCCAGGUUUCUCCUGUCAAGUCCACAAGCAAGCCAGCCCCAAAACCGGCUUCGGACGAUAGUGAAAACAACGAUGGCUCUGGUUUCUCCUCUUCUGCCUCAGAAGACGAGGACGAAAGCGAAUCGGAGGAUCCCAAGCCCACGAUUCCGGCAAAGACGGAGCCUAACAGUCAAACCCGCCCGGUCAAGCGUCGCUCCACUUCAGCUGCUUCAUCUGAUGGCUCUAAUUCCGAUUCCGACUCUGCCGCAUCUGCGGAUAACUCUGCUUCUGAUUCCGAAUCUGCUUCCGAAUCUGAACCCAAAUCCAGCUCGAAAUCGAAGGUCAAGCCCCGGUCUUCACCACCAAAGCGAUCCAUAGACCAAAACUCCAAGAGAAAGCGCUCCUCCACGUCCACUUCAACCUCAACGCCAACCGCAGCGCGUUCAGUCGCCUCCCGCAAUAUCAAACCCGAGGCCAGCAGCGCAAGCGAAUCGGAUACCAAGCCCCCGGUCAAAAAGACCAAGGUCAAGAAAACCGCAUCGCCGGUUCCUGGGCAGAAGAGGAAGACUCCUGUCAAGCAAGAGCAGGGCUCUAGUGGUAGCGACAGCGAGUCUUCGAGUUCUUAGACAGAUAAAGGGGUUGAAUAAAUAGAGGAUUUGCUUUUGUGGUCGUUGGCCGGUACGGAGUAGUGCAUUGCUUAACUUACGACGAAUAAUGAACGAUUCUUGUUUAGUUGGAUUGGAAAA